UGGCCCAUAGGCGAUAGUUUGAGGGUGUGGCUCCUGGGGAGGGUGGCUCGCCACCAUAGAGUCCUGCCAUCCCCUGCUCUUGCCUGGGCCCCUGAACCCCAUGGCUCCAAAAAUUCUUGCAAUACUUCUAUUGUCUAACUGCCAACAGCUGUAGAAUAGCUCCAGUCAUCAUCCAAUAUUCUUCUCUCUCUCCACUGGGAGAAAUGGGCCCCAGAAGGGGUGAGCACCGGACUGGUGGGUGGUGGGGUCCUAUAGUCCACAGUCCCCAAAGACCCCAGCCACCAUUCCUUUGCUCCAUGCCGGCCAGCUCCAGAAAUGAAGGACUCCAAACAUAGAAGAUGGUUAGAACCUUGUCUAUCCACACCGGCACAUACUGACAACCACAAUCAAUGAAAGGAGAAUAUUGUUGGAGCUACCGCUCUGUGCUCCCCACCACCUUAUAAAGCAAUCAAACCCAUCUAGCAAUUAACCCAGCCCCACCCCACCCCACACAUUAAGCACUUAGCACACCCUCGGCAAGCUGCAGCAAAGCAGUCAGUCCAGCCACACCCUCAUACGCGAUCCCAAGCUCCGUGUUCUGGAUGUUCAAGUGGCAGUCAGGCCAGCCAGAGCCCCACAGCUGCACUCCGGCUCCCAACUGCCUGCAAAGUGGCUGUAGUCCUUCCUGGGCUGCAAAGUCCACCGUGAGGUAUGUGCUGCUCAUCUGGGUGUGCUGCAGCGAGUGCGCCUCACAGCUGAUCCAGGGAAGCCAUGGUGAGCCUGGUUAUAUCAUCCAGAGGCAUCCGCCUCCUGUCUGGGCAUGCUGAAGCGAGACCGCCUCUCAGCUGAAUCGUGGAGGCAGCAGCAGGCCCAAUGCCAGUGCAGGCAGGUCGGCCGAGUCACGGAGGCAGUGGCAGCCUCGGUGCCAAGGUGGACAAGUCGGGGAGAUUCCAAAGAGAACCCAGAGAUGGAGAGUACAUAUGAGCCUAUUGACCCAGCAAUCAGUCUAAAUGGGAAAGAAGUAGAGCUGCUGCCUGCAGAUUGUUCUCCAGCAUGUUGGAAACCAGCUUUCACAUGCAGAGCUGCCAUGGUAACUGUUGCCCUUGUGCUGGCCACAUCUGUGUCCCUGAAUGUGUUGCUGCUCGCUCUGGGACUGGUACACUAUUCUAAAAUGGUUGCUACUCUGGAACAAGCACACCAAGAGAACAGGCAACUGCAAGAGGCAGUACCUGACCCCUUCUUACUAUUCAAUGAAGCUCACAAUGCUUGCAUGACUAUAAAACAGCCCAACAAUCUCAUCAAAGUUUCCUGUGACCCUGAUGCCCCAGGCCAGCGCUUUCAGUGGCUCUCCAGAGGCCUCCUUCGUCAUGUGGCAUCACAGCUAUGUGUGGAAGCCUCCACAGCAAAAAACAGGGUGGCUAUCCUUCUGAAGCCUUGCAAUGUGCAGAGAUCAUUUCAACACUGGGAGUGUCGCGACCAUGACUUGCUGGCCCUUCAGGGCACAGAUCUGUACUUCAACUAUGGCAAUAGUGCCAAAAAGAUAGCAAUGCUGUAUAGCCAGAAUGGGCACUGGAGUCGCUGGCUCAUCUAUGGAACACAUAGCAACAUCUGCAGCACUUGCAACCCCUUUUCUAUGGAUUGGACCUUCUUUCAGGGAAGCUACUACUUCUUUUCCUAUUCUCCAGGAACUUGGGAUGUGGCCAACCAAUCAUGCACCUCUAUGGGAUUCCACCUAGUGAUGAUCAACAGCAUAGAGGAAAAGGGCCAUGUUGCAACCAUCAUGAAGGCUCCUUCCUGCUGGAUUGGCCUUACUGACCAGGUGCUUGAAGAUGACUGGAAGUGGGUGGAUGGGACACACAUAGAACAUGGCGACAGGAAUCUUGGCCGAUCCCAUAACUCUGGAACACCAGAGAAGCACCAUAACUCUGAACAGUUGCCGAAUGAAUUAAAUUAUUGGCAUCAAAAUGAGCCUAAUGGUGGAAAAGGUGAGAACUGUGCCUCAAUGCAAAACAGUCUGUGGUAUGAUCACGAAUGCAAGGAAAAGUUUCAUUGGAUUUGUGAGAGAAGGUUUUAGUUCAACAGAGAAGUUUCAUCAUCGCAAGAUUUCAUUAUAUCUGACAAGCAUAAAAACCAGAGGCUGAACCUAUGAAGAUUCUAGCAGAUCGAUACAACAAUCUAACGUCUGCCUUUUCCCAGUCAAAACUUGGGAAAGAUUUGAAAGAUAAAUACUUGCUUGUUUUACCUCAAUAUACUUAGAUUGUUUGGUUGUAGUUUGUAAAAAUGGCUGCUCAAUAGUUUAUUAAUUAGUUUUAAUAAUUAAUCCUCAAUUAACAAUGUGGUUGUAAAGAGUGACAUCACAUGACCACAUGAUGUAGCAAUGGCAGUUCCAGCACUUCCAGUUGCCUUUGUUAAUUUAAACCCUGCACCUUUGUUAUGUGAGAUGUGACUUAACAUUUUUGCAAUAUCCUGCUGCUUCCCCAUUGACUUUGUCGGAAGCCAGCAGUGAAGAUCACAAGUUGUAAUCAUGUGACCAUGGGAUGCUGCAAGGCUCCGAGUCAUUUAGGUAAGAUGUAUGGUGAUAAAUUUGAUAAACAAAUGAAUAAAACAUUUUUUGAAAAUUAUGAGCUGGUUGCCAAGUAUCCAGAUCAUGAUAAGAUGACUGCAGGGAUGCUAUGACAACUAGAACUUCAAGGCCCAAUUGUAAGUAUCACUUGUUCAGCACUGUCAUAACUUUGAACAGUUGCUGAAUAAGUGGUUAUCAAAUGAGGACCAUCUGUAUUUUGACAUUUUCUACAUCAAAAUAUAUUACAUUUCUAUGUUUGACUUCUUUAUAGCUCAAUGAAACUAUCAUCCAUAAUCUCCAAAAGGCAGUCUUGAACCUAUUAGUACUUUAGCAUGAAAAAUGAUUAAUAUUUUCCAGUAAAUAUCUAGCUAGGAAAUCUGUAAUUAUUUCCUUUGAGAGGGAGGCUAUCACUUUUUCUGGAUCACUUCUUCAUUUGUUUAGGAAUUUGCAAAUGAAAGAGAGCCAAUGUUAGAAAUGUUAUUGAAAAAUCCAGUCACCCAAAAGGUAUUCAUUCAAAUCUCUGGAGACUGGAGACUGGGAGGGACCUGCUGCGUUUUGUGUGCAUAUAGGAGGCUGGAUGGCGAAGCUGCUUCCUUCAAGAUAUUCCACGCUGUUGCAGGGAGUCCCUUGGCUGAAUGCUGCAGA